AUGAGCACUUCGGAAAUCAAUGAAUGGGCUCAGAGCAGCUCCAGCAGCGCCGUCUCGACUUCCGCUUCUCUUCAGCUCCACCCGACAGACGGCGACGCAUCUCGCGAACAGUUGCGAAGGCAGACUACACCGUCGCGAACUUCGUUGCAGCAAUUGACGACACCUGAUCGUCAUCUCUACAGUGGCACUGGCAAACGCUCGCGCUCAAACAGCAGCAGUAGCAGUACUUCAUCAGCGUCUUCUAGCAUCUUUUCAGGUACCCAAGUGUCUUCGCAGAACAGCAGCGUCUUGGACGUGGAGCAAUCUCCAGUCACUUCGCCUGGCAGCUCCCAAGCGUCUCGCGAGUGCUGCUCGCCGUCCGUCGGCAGUCGCAAGGCGCGCAGAGCGGACGUCAAAUGUGGCAAGUCGGACACGGCGACAAGCGCAGACUCGACUUUCAACGGUGAUGGAAGUGUCGCGGCUGCAGAUGUCGACGUCAUCACGUCGCUAGGCCAGGACGUCUCGACUUUGAAAUUUGGAGACAAUGACCAGCUUUCGGCAAGCCGCAAUGACCCCAGCACGGCUCAGUCGCCUGUGUCACCCACAGCCGGUCAAGCGCCCAAGGGGAUUUUCGUAGAUGCUCUCGUUGGUGAGUUGUAUUGCUGGACUUUGCGUCCUAGCGAAUGGUGGCGAUGCAGCGGCAGCGGCGCCAUUCUCCCUCCGUACCACGUAUGCACCGUCCCCACUCCAUCAAUGUUCUGCUCGCUGCCUCAAUCUCCGCUAGAACUCGCUUCAUGACAAUUGUGUCCCCUCGUUGCUCCUCAUCAUCGUGACCGUACGCUGACACCGCUGCGUGGUCCUCCGACUGAUUCCACAGAUGCCGCUGUGGCGACGCUCGACUCGAUCUGGCACUCUCCACUAGCGUCGGGCGUAGAUGAGGAUGUCUCCACAGCAUCGGUGCUGCGCGACAGCCACAAUGCCGUUCAGCCGCCCGAGUGCCGCCUGCAAGCGGCGCUGCCCCUUCAGCUGUUUGUCAGGGAAACCUUGCGUCGCUCUCGCACGUCAUGCUCCACUUUACAAGCUGCACUGCUCUACUGCGUGCGUGCACGGCCCACGGUGAUGCGGCUUAGAAGGGAGCGAUCUAAUUUGGCGCAUGUCGAAGCCUCUCCAUCCGUGAGCCGUGGGUCUUCUUGGCCUAGCUCGCUGCCACUCUCGCAACGCGACUGUGGCCUUUUGAUCUGCGCUAGACGCAUGUUCCUCGCUGCAACAAUGGUGGCAUCCAAGUUCCUGCAAGACCGCAACUAUUCAAAUCGUGCCUGGAGCCGCAUCUCCGGACUGCCCAUUGGGGAACUUGGAGCAUGCGAGCGGUCUCUACUCGGCGCUGUCGGCUAUCACCUUGAUGUUAGUCCGGACGAAUGGCAAGCGUGGAUUGCCACCAUGUCGAAUGUAGCCGAUGCACAGGGAGCAGCAAGGGUUUCCGCUGCUGCGAGCGCGCCGUCACUGGCUUCGCUCUGCAGGCCCGACGCCGACUCGAGCUCGAUCACACCGAAGCCAUCAGCUGCGACGCUAGCACGGCCCAUUUCAGUAUCUAUAAAGUCUGGAACUAGCACCACAAUCGAUCAGGGACGCAACACACCCACGCCACCUACGAAUCGACAGCUUGCAGCGUUGGCUACUCUUGCUCGACGCAGUCUUUCCCGAACAAGUUCGGAAGGCGUGGCGCUCGAAUACGAUAGCUCCUUGACCCCUUCUCCCCUUGGUCGAGCACUCGCCUCGAGCCAGAGCGGUUCGGGCAACAGCACGCCGACGAUUGGCAAUUCGAAGCUGAGGCUCAGCUUCGAUGCAGAUGGCUUGCCGCGCCCCCCGGCCCUCAAAGAGAUCUCGAUGACCGCCUCUCUGCAGUCGUCACCUGCUUUUGGGCACUGUACGCCUCCCGCACCCUUUCCGCUUGCGCGCGGAUCUCGCACCAAGGGCUUCGCGAGCGGACGAUCUCUUAGCCACUCCUUCCGUGGAGCUUCGCGCAAUCGCUGA